UGUUGGUGUUAACAUUUUGUAUGAGACGAAGCAUUCAUAUAGACAUAUACGUGAUACGAUAUGAUUUUGAAACGUCGUGACUUAUUUUGGUGACCGCAACGAAUUGAUUUUUGUACUACCGAGUGAAAUAGCAUGGUCAAAGACAAAGUCGAUCUUUGGAAAUGCCGAGUUCCGGGCCUCGUUCGUAUCGUUUAUAUAACCAUAUUCCUGUCGUUCAGUAUAAAUGUUGAGCAUAGCCAUAGUCUUUCUGCUCAGACUUUGAACAAUGUGCGAACUUCAAGCUCAAAUGCUACUAUUAGCACAGAGAAUUCGAGAGUCAGACAAGUUUCGGAUUCCAUCACAACCGUUCGGUAUUCAACCAAUGUUAUCGGGAUAAUAUCAGGAGCGAGUACAACAUUUGUACCAUUUACAACAUUAACAUAUUCAAGCGUUAAUGUGGCGUCAGACACAAAAAACCUUAAUAAUAUUGCUGAGAUUUUGUCAACAACACACUCUAGUUACGUUGCAGCAGCAACACCAAUUUACCUCCCAACCACCACAGCAGCAACACUAAAUAACCUCACAACUACCACAUCAGCAACACCAAAUAACCUCAAAACAACCAUCACAAAAACAACAAGCAACCUCCCAACCACCACAGCAGCAACACCAAAUAACCUCACCAUAACCACAACAAUAACAACCAGCAACCUCCCAACCACCGCAGCAGUAACACCAAAUAACCUCACAACAACCACAUCACCAACAUCAAAUCACCUCACAACAACCACAACAGUAACAACAAGCAACCUCCAAACCACGACAGGAGGAACACCAAAUAACCUCACAACAAUCACAACAGUAACAACAAACAACCUCCAAACCACCGCAGCAGCAACACCAAAUAACCUCACAACCACCACAACAGUAACAACAAACAACCUCCAAACCACCGCAGCACCAACACCAAAUAACCUCACAACCACCACAACAAUAACAACAAACAACUUCCAAACCACCGCAGCAGCAACACCAAAUAACCUCACCAUAACCACAACAAUAACAACCAGCAACCUCCCAACCACCGCAGCAGUAACACCAAAUAACCUCACAACAACCACAUCACCAACAUCAAAUCACCUCACAACAACCACAACAGUAACAACAAGCAACCUCCAAACCACGACAGGAGGAACACCAAAUAACCUCACAACAACCACAACAGUAACAACAAACAACCUCCAAACCACCGCAGCAGCAACACCAAAUAACCUCACAACCACCACAACAAUAACAACAAACAACCUCCAAACCACCGCAGCAGUAACACCAAAUAACCUCACAACAACCACAACAGUGACAACAAACAACCUCCAAACCACCGCAGCAGCAACACCAAAUAACCUCACAACCACCACAACAGUAACAACAAGCAAUCUCACAACACCCACAACAGCAAUACCAAAUAACCUUACAACCACCACAGCAGCAACACCAAAAUACCUCACAACAACCACAACAGUAGCAACCAGCAACCUCCCAACCACCACAGCUGUAAAACCAAAUAACCUCACAACAACCACAUCACCAACAUCAAAUAACCUCACAACAACUACAACAGUAACAACAAACAACCUCCAAACCACCACAUCAGCAACACCAAAUAACCUCACAACCACCACAACAGUAACAACAAGCAACCUCGCAACACGCACAACAGUAACACCAAAUAACCUCCCAAUCACUACAGCAGCAACACCAAAUAACCUUACAACAACCACAACAGUAACAGGAAGAAACCUCACAAGAACCAAAACAGUAACAACAGGCACAACCACAACCAAAACAAACAACCUCACAACGGUAUCACCUACCGCGAUACUUACCACACGAAGUACGCCAAAAUUUUCAGCGACGAACAUAUUGUCCAGUGCACAUAUGAUAUCGAGCGUAACAACAACUGGUUUAGUUUCACGAAGUUAUUCAAUGAAUUUCACGGCAACACUAAGCCGUAAAAUUUUCACCAGCCGUAAAAUUACAACAUUUGAAGUGACCAGAAUGUCGUCACCAGUGACUGAUGACGUAUUAAUACCAUCGUCGACCUUAUCAACUGCUGUUUUCGAAUCAUCUUCCUCCACUGUGAUGACAACUCGAUUCAAUUCAAGAAGUGUACAACUCGUGACAUCUCAUUAUUCUAUCAGGACGUCAAACAAUUCAACAAUCAAUGACUUUGUACCAUCCACAAUUGUCGCAUUGCCACCUAGGAAUGAAAUGUCUACAAUGGUAUCAUCUUUGACAUUCAGAAUGGUCAGGUCUGACUCCACAUUGAUGGCAAGCAGCAACUCAACUCGAACUGUUCCAAUGCCCAGUAUAUCUGGGCCGUACACUCUUAGAGCAAUAAUAUCACCAAGUUCUUCCAAGGCUUCUAUUUCACCAACAAAUGAUUUCCAAACAACCAUAUCAACAAUUGUGGCAUCAUUUUCGGUCAAUACAAAGAAAACAGCCACAUCACCUUCUACCUUGGAAAUGACUGGCGUCGAAUCAACUGUCUUCAAUACAAUGUCAAAUAGAGAUUUUACGCCAACUCUAACUUCACCUUUUGUGGAUAAAACUACAUUAGGCGCGUCUGCCAUGUUUAGGUCACGUUACUCGAUUGAUACUACAUUAUCGCUCAGUAAAAUAACCACUAUGAACAACUUUACGUCACCGCCAUUCUUUAUAAUGUCGAAAUUUUCCACAAAAGCGAAUACUUCCUUUACAACUACAGGAAUUGGUAGCAUGAUAUCAAGUUAUCCAACUAUGGGAUCUCUUACGAAAACAAUAGCAAAGAGCAGUGCAGCAACAAUAGCAGAGACCAGUUCAAUGAUGGAAUCAAGUUAUCCAAAACUGACUGCAACACUGACUGAUUCUAUAUCCGAAGUUUAUUCGACGUCGCUAAUGACUGCUGUCAGAUCAACAACCUACAUGGACACCAUCACGCCAACUGUGGCACUACCAGGUAAAACAAACAGGGCACCUGUACCAUCAACAAAUCCAUUUAUUAUGUCACCAAGCUUAAGUUAUGACUACUUGUCUACAACUAUCGAGGGACAUAAUAUUACAACAACCAAACUGGCAUCAAGUUUAAACGUGACUGAAAUAUUGACCGAUUAUCCACCAAAAACCACUUCUACGUCAAAAGUAACUGUUAUCCGAUUGUCAAGCUUCACUGAGAAGCCAACAACGAUUAAUGCAUCUCACAGUAGAUCAGAACCGUCCGCCAAGACAUCAAGGUAUCCCUACAUUACCCUGACUCCAACGAGUAGUUACCAGGCAACUAUGGUAUCCCAGCAUUCGACAAUUUCCUCCCGUCAUUUAACAUACUCUCUUUCAACCAGCAAUACUUCCAACUUGGGAGAAGUUAUGUCAUCAAGUUUCCUAAACGUGACUAAAUCCUCGACUGAAUAUAUACCAGCAUCAUCUUCGAAACCGUUGAUAACUGGUUCCGGAUCAUCAAGCUUCAUUCUGAUAUCAACUAGAAAUAUGACGAGAAAUGGGUCGGCCACAAAGACAACUGUGAUAUCACCAAAUAGCUUAAUAACCGUAUCCCCAAAAAAUUAUUACCAAAGUCCCAUCUCAUCCCAACAUUCAACAGUACUAUCUCAUGAUCAAGAAAAUCCCUCAACUACGCGUAACUUGUUCACAAGUACUAUGAAAGCGUUUAACAAAUCUCUUACAACAUCGAACUUGGUAAAAGAGAAUAAAUCAACUUUUCCAACCAGCAUUAAAACAUCGAAUUAUUAUCUUUCAAAAACACCCGUGACAACCCCAACGGCACGUGUGAGAUCGUCAAACCACACUGAGACGGUAGCUGUGACGGUCAGCGCAACAACAAGAACGCACAAUGUGUCUAAGCCAGCUACAAAGACAAUUGUGAUACCAUCAUAUCGAACUCUGUUCUCCAGUUCGACAGUAGAUAUGGCCUCUGGCAGCUAUCCGCUUCCCACCAGUAUGCCAGCUAGUACCUUCCGAAAUCCAAAUGUAACAUUUUAUAUGUCAAGUGUGACGAAUAAUUUCUCACAAGCCGGUACUGCAAGGGGUAUGGUUAAAUCUAUUACGUCAUCUGGAGCGCAGGCUUUGACAAAAAUAAAUAGUGUCAUUUCGUCAACGACAAUAGCCUUGUCCACUAACAGUAGAUUGAAAGCAUCAGAUUAUAAAUCCACAUCUUCAAGAAUUGCGCCAACGUCUUAUAGGGCUACGCCGAGCAGAAGUUUGCUUCAGGUGAACACUGAAGCACCGAAAUCUAUGAUUUCAACAUUUACACUGAAGGAGACUCCUGUACAAGAGAGUUCCUCGCCUUCAUUAGCCCUGUCCACUACCAGAAGAUUGAAUGUAUCAGAUUAUAAAUCUAUAUCUUCACAAUUCGCGACAACGUCAUAUAGCGAUACGCCAAGCACAAGUUCGAUUCUGGUAAACACUGAAGUGCCGAAAUCUACGAUCUUAACAUUUACAUUGAAAGAGACUCCCGUACGAAGCAGUUCCUCGUCUCCAUUAGCCUUGUCCACUACCAGUAGAUUGAAUUCAUCAUAUUAUAAAUCUGUAUCUUCACACGCGACAACGUCAUAUAGGGCUACGCCAAGCACAAGUUCGAUUCAGGUAAACACUGAAAUGCCGAAAUCUAUGAUGUCAACAUUUACAUUGAAAGAGACUCCUGUACAAAACAAUUCCUCGUCUACAUUAGCCUUGUCCACUACCAGUAGAUUGAAUUCAUCAGAUUACAAAUCUAUAUCUUCACGAUUCUCGACAACGUCAAAUAGCGAUUUCGCAAGCACAAGCUCGAUUCGAGUAAACACUGAAGUGCCGAAAUCUAUGAUUUCAACAUUUACAUUGAAGGAGACUCCUGUAAAAAACAGUUCCUCGUCUCCAUUAGCCUUGUCCACUGCCAGUAGAUUGAAUUCAUCAGAUUAUAAAUCUAUAUCUUCACACGCGACAACGUCAUAUAGGGCUACGCCAAGCACAAGUUCGAUUCAGGUGAACACUGAAAUGCCGAAAUCUAUGAUUUCAACAUUUACAUUGAAGGAGACUCCUGUACAAAACAGUUCCUCGCCUUCAUUAGCCCUGUCCACUACCAGUAGAUUGGAUGUAUCAGAUUAUAAAUCUAUAUCUUCACAAUUCGCGACAACGUCAUAUAGCGAUACGCCAAGCACAAGUUCGAUUCUGGUAAACACUGAAGUGCCGAAAUCUACGAUCUCAACAUUUACAUUGAAAAAGACUCCCGUACAAAACAGUUCCUCGUCUUCAAUAGCCUUGUCCACUACCAGUAGAUUGGAUUCAUCAGAUUACAAAUCUAUAUCUUCACGACUCUCGACAACGUCAUAUAGCGAUAUCACAAGCACAAGUUCGAUUCGAGUAAACACUGAAAUGCCGAAAUCUAUGAUUUCAACAUUUACAUUGAAGAAGACUCCUGUAGAAAACAGUUCCUCGCCUGCAUCAAUAUAUUUGUCAACUGUGUUGGUAGCAGUCAGUAAUGUUGUCACUCAAACAGCAAGCUCCCAUAAAAUUACUGCUAAUUUGAGUGGAGCUUUAUUCUCCCAAAUCAAAUCUUCAAUGGUCUUCCCAUCAACAACAGACACUGCAUUAUCUACUGACACGCUAAGUGUGAGGUUUACCCAAACCUUUACUCCAAUAUUAUCUUUCACGUCAGUACCCACGGCAGUUACUUCUCGGGAGAUUUCAUCGCCCUGGAUAUCAUCAUCUUCUCGCUCACAGUCGUCAAAUCCAUCGUCAAAAGUCAGAUUAUCAUCAAUGGAUCAAACAUCUGACCAGUCUUUGAUUCAGCUGCCCAGUUCCACACCAUUGGUUGAAACUUCAAUGAGCAGUUCGUUGUCGAGCGAAGUAUAUUCUAUGCUUUUGAAUCGAGAAUAUAUGACUUCAGAAUAUUUGACGAAAAGUGUUACAAGUAUAAGUCAAACUGUUUCGUCUCCUGAAUUGACAGUUACCUCGGAGAAAGGGUCAGUGCUAAGCAUGAAAUCGUCGAUGACAUUAGUUACAGCAACAAUAUCAGUCCAAUCACAAAUGGACAGCACCAGCAGCUCGAGUCGUGCUCACAUUACUAGUUCUUUAGCUUCUGUGACUUCGAAAGAUGAUGCAAAAUCCAUAUUCAGUAAAAAAUCAUCAAUCCAAAAUACAAGAAUCACACAAUCAUCUCUCUCCACUUUAAGUAGAAGCUCGAUUUAUUCCUACAAACAGCUUUCUAGUUCAGUGUUAUUGGAAGUAACUUCAACGAAAGCCACCAGAAAAGUCUCCUCCACACCGUCUAUUAGAGCUUCAACUUCAUUUUUAAGUUCUAGAGAAAAGAUCACAACCAAAGCAACAAGACUAUCUGAUGUAUCAUCCCUUUCAAACACAGCUGUUCAGACAAGAUAUCUAGAGAGUGCUUCAGAUAUUCCAUCGUGCAUUACAUGUUUUCCAACACAACAAACUUCAAAAGCGUAUAUUACAUCGUCCAGCAGUGUUGUAACUCGAAGUAUCGCCGUAGAAUUCAAAAUUCAAGUAAUACUUUUGAUUCCAAUUAACGUUAUAGUUAAUGACAAAGAUUUCAUACAAAAUUUGCAGAAAAAAUUGGAAGACCUGUACAACUUUGGAUUAACACUUUUAACCUCUUCUCGUAAACGACGUGCUCUAGGCGAGGGGAUUUUACCUGUCAAUAAAUUGGGAAAGUUUUCCAGACUUCGUGAUUUAUUUAAAGAAGAUUUGAAUUCUCAAAUGAAAGCAGACAACCGUCGAUUUCGACGACAAACAACAAAUAUCACAAGAGUGGAGAUUGUUAAUGUCACCCGUCGAGCAGGCAGUGAAGAUGUACGGGUUACUUUUUAUGUCACCUCGGGGAAUUCAUUAGUACCAGCGAAAGAUGCCGCAAAGACCUUGAAUGCACCAUCCACUGCUGACAAAGUCGCGAAGUUGGGCUAUUUGGUGUCAGGGAAAUUUUCGGAAGCCGCUAAUCCUGUGGAAACCGAGGAGAAAAAAAAAGAUGACGAGACUUUGUUGAUAGUCCUUGCCGUCUGUAUUCCAGUUGCAUUUGUUUUUGCUGCUUGUCUGAUUAUCAAAUGCAAUAAGAAACAGAGAAGAUCCCGAAAACUAAAGCUUAAUAAAGUGUCAUUUGAACAAGCAACCUCAAAUGGGAAAAUUAAUGCUCCUGAAAGCAGUAUUGAAGAGAGAUAUACCCAUGCGCCAACGCUACCGAUGAAAGAUUAUCCAGAUGUGAUCGUACAGACGCCAGCAAGAAAGAAACAGAGAACAAAGAAGGCGAAAACAACUAAACGUUUGAAAACGGAAGACGAGAUGGAUGGUCAAUCUGGUUUGGCUGGCGCAUUUGAAAACAUCACACGUAUAAGUUUUGAAGGUCCUUCAAACGUUGCCAUUGAUGAUAUCCCUCUUCGGCUACGUCCGGCAGUGAGGCAAGAUACCGACGUGAAGAAGCCAGCCAGUAAAGAUAUUGUUGAGGAUUCCGGGGUUCCUCGCUCGUGGAUAGAGAGUAAAAACAAAGUUGACAUGAUGAGCAGGAAAAGUGAAAGAGAAAUGGACAAAAAAGUUACGGCUGAUGCGACAUACAACGAUGAAGAAAAAGAAAUGGAACAAUCAGAAGAUACCAUGCAAAUUAAGGCCAACAUAGAGAAAUGGCGGAAUAAAAUGAGACAAAGAGAGCGAAGGAAAGGACGAAAACGUGAGAAAAAACGCACUGGGGAGAGUAAACUGAUCGCGUUGGAAGAAAAGAAGUUAUCAAGGCGUGAAUGGCUUAUGGCACAACCCGAGAUUCAAGCAAUUCUUGAUGGUGAAGAUUUAGCCACAUCAACCUCAUCAUUAAGAAAAAAGAAAUAUCGACGAGAGCGUUCGCACCAGUCAAAGAAGCAUCCUUACAGCGAUAGCGAUAGCGAGGCUUCGGCAACACCAGUAAGACGACACCAUCGUCGACGCUUUGCACAAAGGUCUACGCGUCGAGUACAUCCUUCUGAGAACGACGGUGUUCGUUUGAUUGCUGUUAGACCAAGGAAGCCCCUCGUAUACGCUUUUGAAGAGCCGGGAUUUGAACAAGAAUUUCAGCAGCGGUACAUGCCACCUGAAGACAGCAGUGUUCCUUUGCAAGCGCCAACAGAACCUGACGAGGAAAGGCAGUUC